AUGACAAAUCACGGCUGCGAGGGAUGGCGAAAGGAACGUGGAGGAAAACGGAUCGAUCUAGAGGGCUCCGGCCCUAGUUUUCAGACCAAGUCGGUUAUCGAAGCCGGAACGACGUUGGUCGCCGUUGCCGCCAUUACGGUUGGAUCCGUUCAGACAUCGCCCUACCAAAUAGCAGUGCAGCCUACUCUGUCCUCCGCUCUCGAGCGGCGAUUGCAAGCACGAACCAGCGACUCGUUUAGAGAGGCGACCUUCCGACAACACUGCCCUCCCUACAAGACGCGAUUGAGUGUUACUGCCAUAACCUGCCUGCGACCUAUUCAUCGUCGUUACUGUCGCAGUGACCCGCUUCCACCGGUCUGUCGCAUUGCGCCGCCCCACGUCACCGACGUGCCGCCCUACCCGUUCGGGCCCAACCGACCGACUGCGCGACUGGUGCUGUUCAUCCUUCUCCCUCUGCCGCCCGGCAGGAUCGACCGACUGUUCAACUACAGAUCCAUUUCGUAA